AGUAUACUUUGUUAGUUAAUAAGUAAAAGUCACACGCCGUGCUUGCUAAUGGCUAACGGGCGGAUAGGUCGCCGACCCGAACCCUCCACAUUUCGCCAACGGGAAUGGGUUCGACUUGAAUAUGCUCGACUAUAAUCAAUUUUACAUGUAAAUGCAUUCGCGACUGGUUCCAACUUAGGCCUUGGCCGUCUCAACCAGAAAGUACUAGCCAUGGACUUUCAGCUCGGCCUCCAACAGCCUGCAUUAAACACCAUGGCCUAUCAUCGGCACGGGAACCAAAAGCCAUGGUUCAGGAGCUGCCAACAUCGGCGCGCGACUAGUUCAGGUCGGACGCGAGGCUUGCUAAUCCCAUGCCGCGGUGUGAGCCACGCGAUCAUAGAGGAGCUGGUUGACUAUCCUGGCUCGCCGUUUCACAGCUUGGGCCUAGCAAAACACCAACAGGCGGGAGAUUACAGCCGCGCUGCGCGCCGCCAAGUCAACCUCCUCCGCCGGCUCAAGGCCGACCCAUGGGCCAUGGCUCUGACGUCUCCGCCCGACUGGUCUGCCAUGUUUUCCGAUCUCAGCCGGCCUCUGGUGGCUGACCUGGGUUGCGGGGCGGGCCGCUGCAUGCUGGCAGCAGCGGCCGCUCAGGAUGCUGCGGUAAAGGAGGCACAGGGGAAACGGGCAAUGCGGCCUGCUGGAAAUGCUGAUACGGAAGCAGUUGUGGAUAGGGAAGAGGCGCCGGUGCGGAAGGCGAGGACAACGGAGACUGCAGGUAUGGUGGCGCGGAAGGCUACGCAGGCAUCUGGCAUUCACCACCUUGGCGGCGGCAGCAGCACCAGCGUCAGCAGCAGCAGCGGCAGCGGCAACAGCGGCAGCACCGGCAUGGUGUUGCGCGCGGGGGCCGUGGGUGACGGUUGCAACUUCCUUGGCGUGGAUGUACGGCUGGCGCUGACUUCCCGGGCCGCUGCCUGGGCCCAACUGACCCACCUCAACCACCGGGCCGCAUUCCUCUGCGCCAACGCCAACGCCAGCCUGCCGUUGCUGCUUGGUUCGUACGGCAGCACCCAUGACCCUGGCUGUCGUACAUCCUCGGCCGGCUCUCCUCGGGCGCGCUCGGUAGCGCUGGUGUGUCUGCAGUUCAGCGACCCACCGGUACGGCGCCAGGCGCUGGUGGGUGGCGGCGAUCUGGUCGCGCAGCUGGCGGAGGUGCUGGAGCCGGGAGCCAUGGUUUGGAUCCAGUCCGACGUGCUGAGCAUUGCGCGCUCCCUGCGACGCCUGUUCUGGCGCCACGGUGGAUUCGCUCCCAGCAUCCGUCAUGCAGCCGCCGCCUCCGCCUGUGUAACACGGCACUGGCUGCCGCAGCCGCAGGACCCACAGCCCCACCCGCAGCCACCUCACUCGCAGCUGCCCCUCUCGGCGGGUGCUGUUCCGCAACCACAUCCACCGCUUCCCUCCGAAACCGCCUACCGGAACGCAGCCGAUCCCGGCCCCCUCGCAUUUGAGUCGUGUAUCACCGGUUCAGUACGGGUAGCAGGGGGCAGCAGGAGCACCGCAGGGCCAGUUACUUCAGGAGUGGGAGCGGAAGGGCGCUGCAGCAGCCCCGAGCAUAAGCGUGGAGUGGAGGGUUCCGACGGUAGCCACCACAGCAGUGCUGCAUGUACCGAUAACAGCAGCGGUAGCAACAUCAGCGGCAGCAACAGCAGCGGUAGCAACAGUGCCUCCUGCUGCAACAACACCACCCAGCAGCGCACCCCUUCCACCCUUGCAGCCGCCGCCGCGCAGUUGCCGUUGCUGCUGCUGCAUGCGGACCUAGCCACGCAUGUCGAACCCUGGCUGACGAAGGAGCAGCUGGAGCAGGUGGUAGGAGGCAGACCGCAUAGCGUUUGCCAGCAACGUCGCCAACAGCAACAACAGCAGCAGCAAGAGCAGCAGCAGCACCUUGAGGAGAGCGGCCGCGUGCGUUGCAGAUCACGGGUGCAGAGGAGCCCUGGGCUCUUGGAACAGCAGCCGAAGCACCAUCAAUUGCAAAAGGGGAGCGGAGAGGGUGCUGCGGACGUCGAGGACCAGCAGAGGAGGUUAGCGGGCGUUAGCGGAAGCAGAGCCCUGGGGGGGUGCGGGAGCGACCAUGGGGCGCUUUGGAGCGGCAGGGGCAGCAACCUCCUGCAGGGGUGGGGACACCGCAUGGUUAGGGCCAUGCCAUGCAGCAGGCAAGGCAUAUUGGAUGCGGAUCUGGGUCAGGGCAAGGGGCUGGAUUGUACGGCGAUACCCCAGAUGGCGUCUGCCGGUGCCGCCACUCUUGCCGCUGGUGUUGCAUUUGAGAGUUUUGGCGCGAAUAGUGCGCCUCGUUCAGUUGGGGAGAACAGCGUUGUUGAGAGGGAGGGCGACAACGAUGGGGAUCUGCAUGUGGUUAGAGGAGAGCCGCAUGAUGGAGAGCACGACGAAGGUGAGGACGGCUGGGAGGGGCUGCCGUGGCUGGAUGCCAACCCGCUGGGGGUUCCAACGGAGCGGGAGUUGUACGUUGAGAGGGGCAGGAGGCCCAUCUAUCGACUGUUGCUGGUACGGAGGUAGCCCGUGCUGGGCUUGCGUCUCUUAGCGGCUAGGAAAGCGUGUUGCCGUGUACCUACGGUUGGUGCCGAAAUGUCAUUUACCUCACGAUUGUGGGAGUGGUAUUGCUUUGGCGAGGCAUACAGAUUCGCAAGAGACGUUACGUAAGAUGUGGCUUACAAAGGCCUUAUAUGUAGCGCCUGCUGCUGCAGGGCAUGGAGAUCAAACGACACAACCUAUUGCGGCUCAACGGGGCAUUGGUUACCGGAAGGCUACCGCGAGGUUGUAGGCUCUGAUCCCUUUGGCUAGGUGCGUCGUAAGCAGUCGCGGCUUCUGCAGACGCUUGAGCGCCCCUCCCAGGUUACUUCCCUACACCGAAGCCAGGACUAACAAUGGCUGAUGACAGGUGCCCGAGGAUGUAGGCUCCAGCUCCUAACGAUGCAAAUCGAUAGAUUAACUGUUACAGGACAGAGUAUGAUGUCAAGCAGAAACCUGCGGAAUUUCGGCCCUGUAACUUUCACAGGA